GGGAGAUAACCCUCAGUUGUAUCAAGACGGAACCCGGAGACUGUCAAAGAGAAGCGAAGACAGAGCGAGAGAAAUCACUUGAUGCAUCAAAGAGAAAUCAUCACGUAUCGAUUCCAAAUCCUCCAUUUUAAAAACAAAAAAAAAAACAACCACUUUAUUCACCAAUUAUCCACCUUCGUCAUACAUCCGCUCAUGUUUCCUUUACUGAAUUCCCCGAGCCGUUUUAAGAACUACGAUGUCAGCCCUUCACGUUCUGGCCCGUUCUUGGGCAUCGUUCUUUCAUCGUUCCUAUUGUUAUCAAUAACGCCUCAAAGAACCGAAGCAGCUGUUUCCGAUGCUGCGAAAUUCUCGUCGAAUGCCGACCUCGUCCAUCACAAUUACGACCAAAUGGUCGCUUUGCUGGACGAGGUACACAGCAAAUGUCCCGACAUCACGUUGGUCUAUAACCCUCCUGGACAUUCGGUCGAAGGGAGAAAUUUAACUGUCAUUGAAUUCAGCGACGAUCCUGGAAAACACAUUGCUGGGGAACCGGAGUUUAAAUAUGUCGCCAACAUGCACGGCAACGAAGUGGUUGGACGAGAGAUGCUGCUCCAGCUGGCUGUGUACCUGUGCAAGCAAUACAAAGCAGGAAACGAGACUAUCCAGUGGCUCGUUGACCAUACUCGUAUACACCUGAUGCCGUCGAUGAACCCUGAUGGGUGGGAAUUGGCCCAUAAACACCUGAAAUCUACUGGUAGAGAAGACUGGUUAAUUGGUCGUGCCAAUGCCAACAAAGUUGAUUUAAAUCGAAACUUUCCUGACCUCAACAACAUCGUCUAUGAAAACGAGCAGACUCAUGGAGCAAACAACCACCUCGAGAAGUUGGCAUAUGCAUUGAUAACACCAGACCUAGAGUCGGAGACAAAGACAGUUAUGAAAUGGCUGAGUGCUUACCCAUUUGUCCUGUCAGCUAAUCUGCACGGUGGUGACUUGGUAGCUAACUACCCAUAUGAUCUGACCCGCAGUGGUAAACAAAAAGAGUACAGUAUCAGCCCCGAUGAUGCGACCUUCAGGUACCUUGCUGAAAGUUAUGCUAAGAACCACAAAAUAAUGAGUAGCAACCACAGCACCUGUGGAAUGGCCAAUGAUCAGAACUUUGGAAUUCAAGACGGUAUUACAAAUGGUGGAGAUUGGUAUUCUGUGUCCAGAGGAAUGCAAGACUAUAACUACCUGGAGACAAACUGUUUUGAGAUCACCUUGGAACUUGGCUGUGAUAAGUUCCCACCAGCUUCACAACUGAAAAAAUAUUGGAAUGACAACAAGAACGCUCUAAUUGCAUACAUGAUGCAGAGUCACAUUGGUUUGAAGGGUUUUGUCCUAAACAGUAUGACCAAGGAACCGAUUAAUGAUGCAACAGUGAAAGUUCUUAAUAUGACAGAUGGACAAUAUAUAAACCAUGAUAUUACUUCAGGUCACUAUGGAGAUUACUACCGACUAAUGAUUGAUGGCUUCUAUGAAGUUGAGGUGACGGCUAAGGGCUACCACCCUCACACCCGCUGCCAAAGAGUCCAGAACAAACCCCUGCAUGAAGCUGUUGAACUGAAUUUUGAGUUGCUUUCACUGCAUUACCCAAGCCAAAGAAACGUCCAGGACAUUUUGCACUGCGACCAGCUGCGGGCUCUUGCCAGGAACCAACGAAAUAAGGUUGAAACCGAGCAGGAGAUUUACGACCAGUUGUUAAAUGAUAUCUCGAAUUACUUUAAUCGGAAAAGACGAACUGCUUAAAAAAAAA